AUGGCCUCUCUAGCAGGCAAGAAACGCGCCGCAACCCACAACCGCGAACCAUCUACAUCCUCAAAGCACACCUCCAAGAAAACGCGUUUCGUGGAACCAUCGGAUGACCCAACCGCUUUCGCUGAACAAGUCGACUCGGCGCUGGAAAACACAUCACGGAAAGGCAAGGUUAAGAACGAGGGUUACGAGUCUGACUCGAGUGAUGAUGGCGAGGGCGUCGUGUUCAGUCGAAGGAAAGAUGCAGGGGCUGGUGACGACGACGAUGACGACAUGUUUGCCGCUGCAGAGAAGGAGGAGUCGACCACGGAGAACGAGACACUGAAGAAAAAGAAGGAUCAGUAUAUGAGGCUUGGUGAUAUCGAGGGUCAGGAGUUUGGGGGAGAAUCUGGAUCGGAGAGUUCGGAUGAUGUUGAGGACGAGGACGAUGCAGAGCGGCGGAAGAAGGCUGGUAUGGGCUUUGAGCUCUCCUCAUUCAACAUGCGGGAAGAGAUGGAGGAAGGGAAAUUCACAGAAGACGGCAGCUACGUGAAGUCAUUCGAUCCACACGGCGUGCAUGAUCGUUGGAUGGAGGGAUUGGACGAUCGCGAGAUCAAGCUUGCUCGGCGCAGGAAACGGGAGCAGGAAAAGAAGCAGCGAGAAAAGAUGGAAGCGGAAGAGAGGGAGCUCGAACAAAGUGGAGGCAAAAAUACUCUGGAAAUGCAACUACUCCCUUUGCUCAAGAAAGGGGAAACCGUCCUCGACGCGUUGCAGCGCCUCGGAAGACGGAAAAAAUCAACGCACAGCGCCAAGGGAGCCAUCUCGGACGCAAAACCUCAAGAUGCUCCCACUGACAUUGAACGCAUCACCCAUCUCGCCUCAACCCUCAUGUCAUUGGGGGAUACAGACAUCUACUCGAAAUCCUAUGAAGAACUAGUUCGCGGUGUCCGCUCAUCAGGAUCUCUUGAUCCUUCAUGGGAACCUCCUUCCGCAGAUGUGAAAUACGAAUACAAAUGGGAUAUCCCAGGAUCGGGGUCGGAUACUUUUGGACCAUUUGGUGAGGAGGAGUUGAAGGCUUGGUACAAAGCUUCAUACUUUGGUCCGUCUGGGGAAAAGGUCAAGGUUCGUCAAGCAGGAGGCGAAUGGGGAGACUGGGACAAUGUUGUUCAAUGA